CCUCCUCCACCACCUCCUCCUCCACCUCCUCCGCCUCCACCUGAUACAACAACAACAAGUACGACGACAACAACAACGCCACCACCAACUACAACAACAACAACACCACCACCAACAACAACAACAACAACCACAGCACCACCAACAACGACAACCACAACAACAACAACAACACCGCCACCGACAACAACUACAACAACAACACCACCACCAACAACAACAACAACGACGACGACAACAACAACAACAACACCGCCACCAACAACAACAACAACUACAACUACCACUACAACAACGCCCCGACCAACAACCAGAAAAGGACCGCCGAGAAGAAUUAAACCAGCAACUGACGCACAUGAAAAUUUAAAUUCGUAAUACAUAUUUGAAAAUAAUGUC